AAUUUCACUAUCAAUCAGCCAUUUCUUUGUUCCGAGCUCCCUCCAAAUCCCUUUCUUCCUAAUUCCCUUCCAAGCUCUAAGAAAUCGCAAUGGCGGGCCGGGGCAAGACGCUAGGAUCCGGAGCGGCUAAGAAGGCCACAUCCCGAAGCAGCAAGGCCGGCCUUCAGUUUCCCGUCGGCCGUAUCGCUCGGUUCCUCAAGGCUGGAAAAUACGCCGAACGAGUCGGCGCCGGUGCGCCGGUCUACCUCGCCGCCGUGCUAGAGUACCUCGCCGCAGAGGUUCUGGAAUUGGCCGGCAACGCUGCCAGGGACAACAAAAAGACGAGGAUCGUUCCCCGCCACAUUCAGCUGGCCGUGAGGAACGACGAGGAGCUGAGCAAGCUUCUUGGAGAUGUCACGAUUGCGAAUGGCGGUGUGAUGCCCAACAUUCACAAUCUGCUGCUCCCGAAGAAGACCGGGUCGUCAAAGCCCUCCGCCGCCGACGAGGAUUAGGCCGUUGUCAUUCGUUACUAGUUUUCUACAGAUUGUUGUUUUGUUUUAGAUGCAUUUGUUAGGGAGGGAACUGAGCUUUUGAAGUAUCUUUGUAAAUGGAUUACUGGAAUUUAAAUCCCUUUUUUCCUUUUCA